GAGCUCAAUGACAGUUCCAAACAGUUGACUUCUGAGAAGGUGAGCUUGGUAGAUGAGGUCAACUGAUUGAAAAGCUUCGAGAUGGCCAAUUAAGCUAUGUCAGUUGCAAGCCGAGCUUAUGAGUUGGCCAACAAAAUGAACGAGUUAAAGGAAGAGCUGGAGAAAGCUCAGGCUAAGAGGGAUAGCGGCAUCCAAGCUGCCAAGGAUGAGGCCGACUGUGCUAAAGACCGUGCCAAAAGAGCUAAAGCUGACAGCGACAAGGCUUUUUACGAGCUGAACUCCUUGAAGGAGAGGUGGUUGGUUGGAGCUAAUAUGUUCCAAGACACCGUGGCAAUCGCCUCAGCAAAUACCACCACAGAGAUUUACAACAAAAUUUAUGGGAAGGUAUUACGGCACCGAGCUCACUUCCCAAUCGGCGAGCUAGCCUUCUUCGAGGGAGAGGAAAUGGACGAGCAAGGUAAAAGUCUCGCUCCUCUUGUUGAUGCCAUGGUGAGGUUGAGGUGGGAGCUUAAUGAAGAAGGAGUGCCAGUGCGGCCUCUAUCUGUUGUGGAAGAAGGGGAGGACACUGAGGGUUUGCCAAGCUUCAAUGCUUAGGUGGCAGAGCCCCUUGAAGCAGAGGCAGAACCAUUAAGCACUCCCUCAUCCUCUUAGCCUACUACCACUCUAGCUCUUCCCUCGCCAGCUCAUUCUACUCCAACUCAACUAUUUCCUGCUCAUGCUAUUAUUGCACCCAUUGACACAUCCAUUCUCGUUGAUAUGACAGAUGAUUAGCUUAUUUCUUUCUUUUGUAUUUUUUUGUAUUGGUCACUUGACCCAUUAGAACAUUGUAAUGAUUGUCCAUUGCAUUUACGUGUAUAUUUUUUGGAAAGAAAUACAAAAUGGACAACAUU